AUGACCUUCAUCGUGGAUGCGGACUACCCGUUCAACAAGCAAAGCGCCGACAUUAUCUUCCGCACCAGUGACCAUGUUGAUUUCCAUGUUCACAAGUGCAUCCUAUCCGAAGCUUCGCCCCUGUUCGAUACGAUGUUUACCCUCCCUCAGCCAGGAGGACAACAAGUUGCAUCAUCAACUCUCCUGCGCGCCGCGCCCUCCGCGGUGGAUUGCGUUCAGGAAACCAAACACGGGCGCCCCGUGAUCGAGGUCACUGAGACGGCAGCAGGCUUCGGGCUGCUCCUCCGCUUAUGCUAUCCCUACGAAACACCGAAGACGGACGACUUGGACCAAGCUACGGCGGCUCUCUCUGCCGCAGUCAAGUACGACAUGGCUGGCCCGACGAAGCUGCUGGCGCCGCGGCUGCGCGAGUUCGCUGCGACUUGUCCGUUGCGCGUCUACGCAUACGCAGUACGUAACGAGAUGGAGGAAGAAGCGCGUUUCGCGGCCAGUGCGUCUUUACGACUCGCGAUAAAAGACCUGGAGUUGCAACAGGAGCAAGGAGAAAUCGAGAUCUCGGCUACAGCGUAUCAAACCCUCAUACGCUACGUCCUGCAAUGUCAGACGGAGACUGCGGCUCUCGCGACGGAUUUCACUUGGAUUCCCGGCUUGCCAGGUCUUCCCUACGAAGUUUAUGAUCCAAUGACAGGGGACACGCGUGCAGAAUGGCACGAGGAUACCGACUACGAGCCACCCUGGUUUUCGUGCCGGACAUGUCCCGCCCACGACGAGAAGGUUCGGGUCAGCAGUUACGAGGUCCCCUUCACUCCGAGGAUAUGGUUGAUAUCCCUUCUUGAGAAAGUGCAGAAACGAUUGUCCGAGCGGCCGUUUGGAGCAGUCUUCCUCGAAUGGCCUUUCCUAGACCAGGCGAUCCUUGGAUCAGACCCGACGUGUCGUACAUGCCGUGAUCCUAGGACGUCCGGGGUUUUAAGGGCGUUUGCGAGACACCUUGCGAUAGAGGUUGACAGGAAGACGGCUGAGAUCGCGUCAAGCAUGACGUUUUGCUGAAGUCCUUGUCGGACGUUGCACACCCUUUAUCUCAACACAAGAUCGAGGAUUAUUGAGACGUUCAUUCGUCGCCAGGUUGCUAGAGUCCUACGCUACGAAGGCUGGGGCAGUCUGGAAUGAUUAGUGAGAAGUAGUGAGAAAGUAAAUGUACAUUAGCG